AUGCCAAAGAGGGUAAAGAACCAAUCCAGCAUCAAUGACUACUUCAAGAGGAAACAGGAUAAGGUAAAGGUAUAUAUAUAUGCAUUGGAGGAUGCCGGCGUAGUUAUCCCAGAAAGGGUUCUACCCCCAACUAGUAAACUGACCGAAGGUCAGAAGUUACAGAAGGAGCUCCGUGAGGAGCUACAGAGACUGAAGUCACUGGAGCAAGAAUACCGUGAUCAGUACAAUGAGAAGAAGGAAAGGUGGACUUCCACACGGAAGGUGUUGGUGGAUGAACUCGCAGCUCUUGACCAGUCAUACCAGACCGAAGUAGAGCCCGAUGAGAAAGGGUUGAGUUAUGAUGAUGCGAACUUAGAGGCUGUUGUUGCUGAACUCAAGAGCUUAGUUUGA